AUGGACACCAACGCAGCCUGCGAUCAUUCCCGAGAGGAGGAAUCCGAUUCUAAAGAUUUUGUCGAGAGACGGUCUAGCCCGGAGCGUGACCAGCUGUCUGAGUUCGGCACGAAGUGUCAGCGAGAUCGUGAACACGAGGGCGACGUGCCGGACGUCACCGCGGAACCUACGAGCAAGAACGCCUCCCCUCUCCUUCUACUGCCGGGGGAGCUUCGAAACGAAAUUUACGGAUUCCUCUUCUGGUUCACCUAUUUCACCUUUGAGCAACCACCUAUAACCCGAGUCAACAGAGAGAUACGCCACGAGGCUUUGGGAAUUUACUAUCACAGCCACAUCGUGAAUUGGGUACACGUUGCCAAACGCCCCCGCGACAAUGACGAUCAGACAUGGUACCACGGAGGAACUCCAUAUCUCCGUUCAGACAGACUGGGCAACUUUGUCCCCAGGCCAGGCAGCGGUAUCCAAACCAACAGCCUGCGCUAUCUCCAGAGCAUGUAUCUCCGCGUGGAUGUGAGCAGCGGGACCUGGCCCGCUGCGGUCGGGUUGACAAUAAAGAUGUCCGCCACAGAGCCACCCCGUACACGCUGCGGAUGCCAUCAAAAGAUGAACACCGAAGGGCUUAGCUGGGACGAUGAGGUGCAGGUCGGCAAGGCUUUCUUGGAGGCGGCAACUUCGUGUGACAACAUCACGGCCGCCGCCAAACUCGUCGGGGACGACAGGGUGCGCCGCGGAGUCGAGGGAACAGAGAGCGAGGUAGCUCGCGUAAUGUGUUUGCUCGCUCGCCUUAAUCCAAAGUUAACAAAAUCAGUCGUCAUCACUGUAUUACUGACGGGGAGGUAUAUUUAA